AUGACCCCCACCCUCACAGCCCUGCUCUGUCUUGGGCUGAGCCUGGGCCCCAGGACUUGCAUGCAGGCAGGGACCCCCCCAAAACCCACCCUCUGGGCUGAGCCAAGCACUGUGAUCGACUGGGGUAGCCCUGUGACUAUAUGGUGUCAGGGGACCCUGGAUGCCCAGGAGUAUCGACUGGAUAGAAAGGGAACCUCAGCACCCUGGGUCACACAGAAACCACUGGAGCCGGGGAACAAGGCCAAGUUCAACAUCCAAUUCAUGACAGUGCAACAUGCAGGGCAAUAUCACUGUUACUAUCACAGCCCGUCCGGAUGGUCAGACCCGAGUGACCCUCUAGUGCUCAUAUUGAGAGGAGUCUACGCUAAACCCACCCUCUCAGCCCUGCCGAGCCCUGUGGUGAUCUCAGGGGGGAAUGUGACCCUCCAGUGUGGCUCACAGCGGAAAUUUGACAAGUUCAUUUUGACUAAGGAAGGAGAUCAAAAGCUCUUCUGGACACUGGACUCACAGCAAACCCCCUAUGGGCAGUUCCAGGCCCUGUUCCCUGUGGGCCCGGUGACCCCCAGCCACAGAUUGACCUUCAGAUGCUAUGGCUAUCAAAGAAAUGUCUCCCAGGUGUGGGUGGGCCCCAGUGACCCUGUGGAGCUCCUGGUGUCAGGUGUGUCUAGGAAGCCCUCCCUCCUGACCCUGCAGGGCCCUGUCCUGACCCCUGGACAGAACCUGACCCUCCAGUGUCUCUCUGAUGUCGGCUACAAUAGAUUCAUUCUGUCCCAGGAUGGGGGAUAUAUCCUCACCCAGCGCCCUGGCUGGCAGCCCCAGGCUGGGCUCUCUCAGGCUGACUUCCCCCUGGGCCCUGUGAAUGGCUCCCAUGGAGGUCAGUACAGAUGCUACGGUGGAUACAACCUCUCCUCAGAGUGGUCAGCCCCCAGUGACCCCCUGGACAUCCUGAUCUCAGGACAGCUCUCUCAUAGGCCCUCCCUCUCAGUGCAGCCGGGCCCCAGGGUGGCCUCAGGAGAGGAUGUGACCUUGCUGUGUCAGUCAUGGAGUGAGAUGGACACUUUUAUUCUGGCCAAGCAGGGGACAGCCAAUCCCCCUCUGCGUCUUGGAUCAAAGGACAUAGCUGGACAGCACCUGACCAGUUUCUCCAUGAGUCCCGUGACCUUAUUCCACAGGGGAACCUACAGGUGCUAUGGCUCACUCAGCCCCUCCCAACUUUUGCCACUGCCCAGUGACCCCCUGGAGCUCUUGGUCUCAGGACCCUCUGUGUACCCCAGCCCCCCACCCAGGGGACCCACCUCAGUACCUGCCCCACACCCCCAGGAUCACACCGUGGAGAAUCUCAUCCGCAUGGGCGUGGCUGGCUUGAUCUUGGUGGCCCUUGGGAUUUUGCUGUUUCAGGAGUGGCACAGCCAGAGAAGCCCCAUAGAUGCCACCAGAAGGUAACUCCAGAGAAAGCAAAGCACCA